AUGGUUAAGGAUAUUCCUUUCAUUGGUUUAUGUAUACUAACUUUGAGUUUAGCUUUUGUCCUCAAAAAAAUUCUCUCAAAAAGUCAAACAAAAAAUGUUCCAAAAGGGUCUCUUGGAUAUCCUAUUAUUGGAGAGACACUUGAUUUUCUUAGAGCUCAGAGACAAGACAAGGGCUAUGAGUGGAUACAAGAAAGAGUGUCUAAGUAUGGUUCUGUCUUUAAAACCUCCUUAAUGGGUUCUCCAACGGUGUUUAUUAUUGGACAACAAGGAAACAAGUUUGUUCUUGGUUCCUCGGAUGAUGUUAUUUCUGCUAAGAAACCUACAACUCUUCAAAAGAUACUUGGAAAGCAAAGCAUAGCUGAACUUGUAGGAUCAAGGCACAGGUUGGUCAAAGGUCAAAUGCUGAAAUUCUUGAAACCUGAAUGCCUUCAAAACUAUGUCACAAAGAUGGAUGAAUUAGUGAACACAAUACUACUAAAAGAAUUGAAAGAGAACAAAACAAUAGAAGUUGUGAGGUUGAUGAAAAAACUGGCUUAUGACAUGACAUCUAAUAUCUUAUUUGACAUAGAUCAACCCACAAGAGAGAUUCUAUUUGAUGAUUUUUUCACAUCAUUUAAAGCAAUUCACUCUCUCCCAGUAAAUCUCCCUAGCACAUCAUUUUGGAGAGGCCAAAAAGCUAGGGCAAGAAUUGUGGAAAAGAUACUUCCUAUUAUGAACAAAAGGAGACAAGAAUUAUCAAAAGGAGUUCUAAGUUCUUCCAAUGACAUGCUUUCAUGUCUUCUUGCAAUAAGAGAUGAAAAUGAUGAACCUCUAGAGGAUGACGUAAUUACCGACAAUUUUAUUUUUAUAUUUGUCGCAAGCCAUGACACAUCUGCUACUCUUAUGACAUUGAUGAUAUGGAAGUUAUCAAGAGAUCAAGAGGUUUAUAACAAAGUUUUAGAAGAACAAAUGGAGAUUUUAAAGCAAAGGAAAGGAAAUGAAGAGAGGUUAACAUGGGGAGAGAUACAAAAGAUGAAAUACACAUGGAGAGUUGCUCAGGAAUUGAUGAGGAUGAUCCCUCCUUUGUUUGGUGGGUUUAGGAAAGCACUUAAAGAUACUAGUUAUCAAGGAUAUGACAUACCAAAAGGGUGGCAGGUAUAUUGGGCAUCAUGUGGAACACAUAUGGACAAAGAUAUAUUCGAGAAUCCACACAAGUUUGAUCCAUCUCGUUUUGAAAAUCAAACCAAGUCAAUCCCACCCUUUUCUUACCUUCCAUUUGGUGCAGGAUCUCAUAAUUGCAUAGGAAAUGAGUUUGCUAGGGUUAAGACAUUAACUACCAUUCACAAUUUUGUGAUGUUGUACGAAUGGUCUCAACUGAAUCCAAACGAAACUAUUACUCGUCAACCAAUGCCAUAUCCAUCUUUGGGUCUCCCAAUUGAGAUCAAACCAAGAUGUAAUAUGUCUUAA